CUUUAUUACUCCCACCCCUUUUCUUCCUCUCUCUUUUUUAUGGGUCCCUCUCUGCCUGCAAAAACACAGCAAACUCUGCUCUCUUAAUUAUUUAAUCUUCCCAAACCAGCAAACUCUCAUUUCCAUCACUUCCUCCAUUAUCCAUAUACUUUACUCCACCACAAACUUUUUUCCGGGUUUUCUCAUGGCUAAAUCGUCCAAAGACGACCCCGAGUUCUGGCUGCCGACUGAGUUUCUAGCAAGCGAAGAUUUCGCCAUGGAAACAGAGAUCUUGAAGAAAAAGGCUUCCGAGGUUGACGGGUUGCCGCCGAGUUUGAGCUUCCCGAUGGAGUUCCCCUACGAGUUUGACUCGUUCAGUUCUUACUGUUCCGCCUUGAGUUCGCCGGGUGAGUCAGUGGUGGGAUCUGCUGAGACAGAGAGUAGCGACGAGGAGGACUUCCUGACCGGGAUGACUCGCAGGCUGAAUCAGUCCUCUAUUUCUGAGACUCAGAAACUCUUUCCUAAACCAGAGAGCAAGUGGGUUAUGGCCGGGUCUCCCGAGUCGACUUUGAUUGGGGCAGGAAACUGGUCUGUUUCGAGUAACGGGAGCCCAAGCGGUGUGUCCUCUCCAAUGACACAAUUUGGGGAAGGUUACAACGGAUGGGAUCUGAUCUACGAGGCUGCAGGGCAGGUUGCUAAGUUGAAGAUGACGAAUGAAGCGCCCAAGGUCCACAGUUCGAAUUUUCAAGCUAGAGAACCGCUUGGUCCUUCUAGGAGCCAAAACCCAGUCACUCCUGUGAGAGGUACGAGCCAAUCUGGAUUCACUCGUAACGUCUCGCAAAUGAAUCUGCAAUACCAGCGUGCGAGGCUGGAACAACUACUAAAGCAACAGCAGCAGAAACAGUGCGCUUCAGUUUGGGCAAGGCAGGUGGAUUUGAACCAGCGACUUCAGAACCAGCAGAUCCAGAACGGAGGGGAGAGGGCUUUUGGGUUUGAAAGUGGAAUGUGUGGGCACCCUGUCACAGUGGGUGCGCCUCAGUCUACUUGGCCUCGUCUCCAACAGAGUCCACUUCGCCAAUCGCCACAAUUCGCUGGACAUUCACAGCGCUUGAAGCCGGGCAUGAAAACCACAGUUGGUAGUGGAUCUGUAGUCAAAAGGGAGUGCGCUGGUACUGGAGUCUUCUUGCCUCGCCGAUUUGGCAACAAUCCAGAACCUCUCAAGAGAACUGGUUGCUCAACUGCCAUUCUUCCAGCAAAGGUAGUUCAUGCUCUGAAUAUGAGCUUUGAUGGAAUGAAUGCUCAUUCACACACCCAACCAUCCUUCAAUACCGUUCUUCCUUCGGAUUACGAUGCUUUGGUGGCUAGACGAUAUGCGAUUUUGUCCCUGCAGAAACGAAUGUUGCAACAAGAGAAUCAUGAGCUUCUUCGCCUGCCUCAAGAAUGGACAUAUUGAAUGGUGUUGGUUGGUUUGUUGUUUUAUUUGACGAAAGGAAGUACAGGGAAUAUAAAUGGGGGGUAUUUUGGGUUCUUGUGAAGAAAUUCAUGGAUGCAAGUUUAUUGUAGGUGGUUUAGGAGCAAUAAGGUCCUCCUGGUUCUUUUUAGUAGAAUAUUUUGGUAUGUUUUAUUUAGUUUGUCAAAGUCAAAUAGUGUUUUGGGUUGAAGUUUUUUCUUUUUAAAUAAUAAUAAGUUGGUAUUGCAAUAAUAGAGAGAUUUUGGUUUGGGGUUUGUAAUUCAUUAUUAUAUAUAUUGAGUAGAUGUUUGCAAAAGAGGAAUCUCACCCCCCCCUUGUAAUAUCUAUAACUAUUCAAGUAAGAAAUAUAAUUAAUUUUAUGCUUUUUUAUAUUUUGAAAUAGAGAGAA